AUAGAUAGACAUAACCAAUACGUUUCACACCAUUGAGUGAUAAAUAUUUACGAGUUUUGUAUUUAAAUGCGUUUUUAAAAUAAAUUGUCACAAAAAAGUGAAUAUAUUUCUUAUACUUUUUAAUGUAAAACUCAAAUUCACUGCAAAUACUGUAUAAGUAAUGUUUCAAACAAUUGCUUUAUUUGUCAUCGCAUUCACGUUAAGUGACUGUCAACCGGCACUGGAAUGCAUUCACGUGAACGGGACGUGUGGUGGGGUUCAACAGUACAAGUGCUGUCUGGGCGAGCAGUUACAGUGUGUCUACGAGACACCCAUACACCCGGAGGCUCAGGGUACCUGUGAAAAGGUAUGUCACGUGGAGGGAGGCAUAUGUGGCGGCUAUAGUAUGGACCCGCAGGUGUGUUGUACAGGAUUCAAAUGCAGCCAGGUUGACCCUCGCAUACCAGACUUGCCCGGCAAGUGUCAGAAGUCAACCGAUCAUUCAUCCGAUUUGAAUUAAAAGCUAUAUUUUUAUUGUUAAACAAAAAUUUACAAUUUUUAUUUAUUAUUUAUAAAAUAAAACAAUUAUUACCAAUAUAUA